AUGUCCGAACUCUCUCCAGGGUACAAAGACACAUAUGUUCACCAUGAAGAAAUGCCACUUUCACGACGGGUACUGCACUUCUGUGCCCAGGAAGUGGUAUGGGUUUGCCGGGAGAAAGACCCACAAUCUCUGUGGUAUCGGACAGUAAAUGAAAACUCAAGGCUUCGACUCAGUAAGGAGCAGAACAAGAUGGCUGCCCUAUCUGGGCUGGCGAAACAAAUGCAAUCUUUACGGCCCCCCGAGAAUCGACACCAGAUUGAAUGA